UCGCCAGCGCAGCGCAUCGGCUGCUUGGCAGACGGCGUUAGCUGGCGUCCGAGCGAUGGAGACUGUUUCAGAGGUAGCAUCCACAGACGUGCCCUCCGUGGUCGCGACACAAGGCCUCACCUGUUUCAGCCUCGGUGCGGCAGUGCUCCUGGCACGUCAGCAGGUGCGCCACAACAACUACCCGAGCGCUCCUGGUGGACCGCGGUUCAUUGCUCGAUGUCGCGCAGACGAUUUUGGCGUUGUGCUCAGCGGUGCUCGCCUUGCUGAAGGGCAUUUACGUGUUGGAAGGCAAGUGGUCCCUCGAGUUCAUCAACACAUCGACUUUGCGGUUGGCUACUUCGGCCUUUGCCAUGGCGGCAACAUUCGUGAGUACCGCAUCGUAAGCACAUUUGGUCACGCCCGGUACGCUCUUUACGGCCUGGACAAGUGGGGGUGUUGCUGCCUGUCUCCGAACUCUCCAGGGCCGAUGCGAGCCUGCUCUCUACCGCUCUCUCUCUGUCUCUCUCCGCUUUACGGAAGCCAUUGA